CUGAGGCCAACAGCUGGGCAGCAGUGAGUAUGGCAGGGAAGAUAAUAGCUGACAAACUGGUAAUGGCAGGCCCUUCGGACUGGCCUUGAUGCUGCAAAGGAGAGUGCCUGAUGAGGUGAAGACUGGCAGGUGUGUAGGCGAGACAGGUGCAAUGAUUAGGGAGACGCCCAGCCCGACACUGAAUUAAGGGAAAGGCAACAAUAAACAACAGAGGGAGGGGCCACACAGCCGAACAGUGACGACAGACACAAUGGAUUCUAACACGUAUAUGUAACUUGUUUUUUUAUUGACCGUCCUAAAAUAGCAGUGACCAAGUAUAAUUUACCGAUGGCGGAAUGAUGACCCACAAUUUGCAGACUGCGCCGGCCUGAAAUAAUGACGGAUGGCUGAUGAUAUGGCAGGCCAGCCGCUGGCGAAUGAUGGAUGGAGUUACCCACCACUGCUAAAUUACAAACAGCUCCUGGGAUGCGACGACAUAGCGACGAAAUAGGCGAUGGCUUCUGACAGCAUUGGAAUGCCAAGAACAAGUUUGUUCCCCGGGCAACGGAUUGUCGCCAUUUUCAGUUGGAGCCGAGGUGUUACUUGAGGACAUGGAAAGUGUGACAUCAGAGAUUAGAUGGGCCCAAAGCAUGCAUGAGGUUGGCCGCAGAACUCCCCCGGCUGUCGUACUGUGCCCACCUCGCCAUGCUGGCCUGUCUGCAGAGGAGGCAGAACCCUCCACCCCAGCACCCGGCGUGUGCCAGCAAGAGCCUGGAGCCACCGCAAGCCCUGGGACGCAAAUGUGACCCGGUGGUGCCUACACAUUCCCCUCGCUACCCCACUGCAGCAGAACUUGAUGCCUAUGCUCAGAAGACAGCCAACAGCCCUCUGUCCAUUAAGAUCUUCCCGACCAACAUCAGGGUUCCCCAGCACAAGCACCUUAACCGGACUGUAAAUGGAUAUGACACCACUGGCCAGCGCUACAGCCCCUAUCCACACUUCCACACGGGGGGCUACCAUGGCCUGCUUGCCAUUGUCAAGUCCUCUUCCUCCCCCUCAUCAUCAUCAACCUCCACCUUCAUCUCGUCAAAAGGUGUUCUGAAGAACUCCGAAGGCAGACGGACUAAGCUCUCUCCAGCCCACAUUGCCCCAUACCCACCUAGCAGUAGCACUUUAGUCACCGGCCCCAGCCAGAUGGGAUAUCAAACUGGGCCCACAAAGCCUCCAGAGGGCCCUGGGUUGUCAGUCCCCCCCAACGUCACCGUCGCUGGCUCGGUGAUUCCUGUGGCGGGGGGGCGUGGCCUGGCUCUCCCCCCACAGUCCAACCUCCCUUCUAUCCAGAGCAUCAUUUACCAGAUCAACCAGCAUUGCCAAGCCCAGGCUCUGCAGCAGGUGUGUCAAGGGGCAGCACCCUCCAAUUCCAGUCCCUCCAAGCAGGGGACCACUGUCAUGGGGGUCUCCUCGAGCUCUUCAGGUGGAGGUUACGUGGUGGGAAUCGGCCCACAGGCCAACAUGGUGUACACGGGUCCAGGGUUGCCGCCUCCAAACGCGGAAGCGGCCAAGAGCGGGGUUUACGCGGACGGUAUGGACUACAUCCUCUGGCAGAAGCAGCAGCAGCAGCAGCAGCAACAGCAGCAGCAGCAGCAGCAGCAACAACAGGCAGUGCUACGAAUGUACAGCGGGGGCAGCGGAGGGGGAGGGGCCGUCAGCAAGUCCCCCGAAAGCUGCAUUCCUGUCGGAGGGAUCAUGGCGGGGCAAGUCUCCUCGUCCUCAUCCAGACCUUACCACCUGACGGCGAGCGCUAGCGGCGGAGGCGGGCUGGAAAAAGUCAGCUCCUCCCCAUUGAACUGCAUGGGCAUGCAUGGGAAUUUCUCGGUGGGUCAGUACUUUGCCCCCCCAUGGAACAGUGUCCUGGUGACACCUGAUAGUGACUGCUACAACCCCCAGGAGCUUCUGGUCCCCUCCACAGGCGGGUCGGCCACGGGCCACCGAGAAGUGGGCUACCCACACCAUCCCUAUCACCACCACCACCACCACCACCAUCAUCAUCACCCCGGCAUCGACAGCGGAGGUCGUCUGUGUUGCAGCUUGCCCAGCAAGAGUUUGUGCAACACGUCUGUGUUGAGCAGCAGCUUGCAGUCUCUGGAAUACCUGAUCAACGACAUCCACCCACCGUGCAUAAAGGAGCAAAUGCUGGGCAAAGGCUACGAGACUGUGUCGGUGCCACGUCUGUUGGACCACCAGCACGCGCACAUCCGCCUCCCCGUUUACAGAUAGAGGCGCGACGGAAUCACAAGAAAUCAAGUUGUGAAUUUGUAAAGAGCAUCGAAAAAGUCAAAAGGACAGAUCCGGUUGCGUGCGGGUGAAGAUUUGCUUUAACGGGUGUGUGAGCUUCGAAGGAAGAGCUGUUGUUAUGUUGUGUGAUCCAAUCUAUGGUGGUUUCAAGCCAGGCUCUGAGAAUUCCAAAUAAGAAAAGGCAGUAGUAAUUGCAAGUGGGGGAGGGAGAAAAGGGAUUUCACGAUUCUCCCGAUUGUGCAGUUUGCCAAUAGGAAUUUUGCAUUGAUAUAUUUGUCUUUCUGUUUCCGUUUGUUUUGCUGAUCUUUUACUUGCCUGAACUUUUGACGUUUUUCUCUCUCUCUCUCUCUCUCUCUCUCUCUCUCUCUUUUAUUUUUUUCUUCAUAGCUUGACAUGAAGUGCAUAUGCCACUCAUACCCCCACUUCAAAUACUAAGACUGAAGCUACUGUGUAGGUUGUCACUGAAAUAAGUGGUCUUCAGAGGACCAAAGUUUAGGGCUGCUCUCAACAUCCAAAUCCACAUGCAGAUGGAUGAAGACAGACUCAGUGAAAUUAUAGCCAGGACUCUCUCUCGUGUUCUGCACAAGAAUCAUCAAGUCCGAUUAGGAAAGGAUAGUACAUGAUUAUUGCUGUUAUAAUUGAUACAUAAAUUGCACUGCUUGAAUCUUGUUCUCUUUGAAGUUUGGAAUUGGGUAGUUUGGAUAUGAUAUAUUUAAGAAACUUGAAAAACUUGAACCUAUUUUAUGUUGUUUUAUAUAUUUGUAGGUAUAUUAUAUGCAUUGGCUGCUACGAGAGGGGGAGAAAUGUCUGAUGCGUUGUUCUUUCCACUUGGUUCUUAUGAUUUAAAUCUUCCUUUUCAAGCAAAGUAGCAGUUUCUUAUGUCCUGUUUUGAGGCAUCAUCACUGCUUUGGUUCUGUAAGAACCUGAUUUGUGAGAGCUUGUUUUCCAAACCAACACUGGAAUCAACAGGGUGGGUGAAAAGGAAUAGGCAUUAAAAAAAAAAAAAUCAUAUGAUCAAUAUUGUAAUUAGAUGUUUUGUUUUUAAAUCAGAUGACACGCUUUAUUAAAUGACAAAAUGAAAGAAGGUCAGACAUCAACAGGCAGUAAGUAAAGGUAGCAUCAGUUACAACAAACCAACAGACAGUCAAGUAACUGGAAAAUAAAUCAAGACAACGGGGAAAUAACACAAUACGAAAUCCCCAUUAAGUGUUGCCUGUUGGAAAAAAAUGGUUUCAAAACAACCUUAGCGAUACUGUACUUCAAAAUUCCAAAAGUUAUUUCUAAUGCCUCGUCACUUGUCACCCACCCUGCGCCAUGACGAAGGAGUUAUUAGGCCCGCUGAGAAAAGAAAAUAAUUCCACUAUGAGAAUAAAGUUAGAAUGUUGUGAGAACAUAAUGUUACCAAAACAGCAUUACCAUCAUUACUCUUAUUAUUUUCAGUUGUCGACCAUUUAUGAUACAACCUGAAUACUAUGGCGGGGCUUCACUGUGAGACAGUGACACAGGAGCUUUCAUAUUCCCUCAUCAAAAACAAUGACUUUUUUUUUUUUAUUUAAAUGUAUUUAAUGUUCCUACUUUCUUAAGUUAAUUCUUUUGUUGAGACAAUAUAAAUAUUUAUCUUCACGAAUAACUUUUUUCUCAUAAUUUUCCUUUUCCUUUCGGUGUCUUCCUAAUACUCCUUCAUAACGAUAAAUCUUGAAACACUUAUUUAAAAAGAACAUAAGACACAGAGAAAGAAAAAAAAUGUGAAUUGCGAGGUUGUCGACAUAACGAUAAAUGUACGUGUGCUCAACGCGUGUGUGCGGUGUGUGUGUGUGUGUGUGUGUGUGUGUGUGUGUGUGUGUGCAUUCUAGCUCUUCAAAAGCCUCAGACUUUGCAUUUUCCCAUGUGUCAUUUGAAGAUUUCGACCACCGUACCCAUAAAAUCAUAUCUGAGUAAUGUACAGGAAUUCUUUUGCUGAUCUCGCUUCCUAUUUCAUGGAGGACUUAGCGCCUUCAAUACGUGUAACUGUCACAUCUGCCUUCGUUGUCAGGUGUCAUCAUAGCGAUAGAGGAAGCUGGGAUAGCAGUGAGUCCUACUUUGGGAGAUACGAUUCAGUUCUCUUGCAAAUACAAAAUGAAAACAAUCGUUUGCUCACCUCUGCCAUCAGAUAAAAUGGGACAAGGGUCGUUGCUUUUCCGUGUUCGUUUUUAGGCCUCUGUUUGGGAUGUACGUAUUUAGCCCGGCCCAGUCUUAACUAGAUGAUUCAGAGUGGUGAAAUAUUUAUUAUGACUGUGAGAUUCCCUUGAAUGUACUGCACUUAAAUUACUGCGAUGUGUUAUUGCCUUGUGGGAUUCAAGUGAAAGAGAAAAAUUGGAUCAGUGCAGCAGACCUGUGGUCUUGAUUAGCAUUUCUUUUGUCAGUGGAAUUUCAAUGCUAAAUUCAAUUUAUUAAAUAAAGCGAGAGCCAGAGCUUUGUUGAGGGGAAAUACUGGCAUCAGUCUAGAUUUAUGAAGUGCAAUUAUAAUGACUGUAUGAACAUUUUUUUUUCUCUGAGCUUACACCAAAAAAAAAAAUGUAAACUACAGUUGUCAAUACAUUCCCAAUGUACCACAUCCCUAUUCCCUAUCCCCUUUUUUUUUGUUUGUUUUGUUUUGAGGUGUAAAAUAAAUUUCUUUAAGAAUAUAUCCAGAGGCCACGUUUUGGCUUUGACGUCUGUCAUUAUUUUCUAAACCUAGAUGUCCUUUAGAUGUCAGCGGGAGGUUGGACCCUGUGGGACCUCAAGCAGAGGCUUGACGGGUGAUGUUGAACCUUUGCUGUCAAGGAGAAGGAUAAAAAAAAAAAAAAAA